UACACACUUACUCCAUAUAUCUUGAAUAAGUAGAAACAUGAAAGGGAAUGAGUCUUUUUUUAUCUUUGAUAAGGAAGAUAUCACAGUGUGGAGGUAAAAAAAUCAAGAAAGAGAAGAGAAGAGAAAAGGGGAAAGGCAUAGGGAGGGAGGAGAGGAAGUGGAUAAAGGUGGUGGUUGGUGUGCAGUGGAGGAGAAGUUAGAUACACAAAGAUACGAAACGUCAAGAGGAGAAGAGAGGAAAGGAGAGGAGAAGAGAGGAGAGGGAAGCGCUCAGCGUUUGCAGCGAUCGGCGCACGCUACCCCGCGCGCGCGCGCGCGUGUUCUUACAAAACAACGCAUCUGAACACUCUGAACCCGUCGCUGAACGCGCUUCAACAGUUCGGCACGAAUUCACAUUGAGUUGAUUAUUCUGACGGACGCGCGGAUUUCAUCGCGUCGCCGCCAUAUUGGCGGCUCGAUAUAACACGUACUAAUAAUAAGUUCAGAUUGGUUACGGUAGGCAUCGUAGUUGACGCGCCGAUUUUACCGUCGUUGAAUGUCGCUACUACAAAUGUGCCAUAAACAGCGCAGUGAUCAUGUCAUAGUCAUAAUAUUGGCCGUCAUACUUAACUAUAUGUAACAAAUCGGAUAAAAACUUCAUCGACUAAACAUAAAUGAAACUACGUGUUUUUUCUCCACUUAAUUAUAUAUAUUGAAUCGUGACUUCGUUCCUUCUUUUGAAACGAUAUAUGUAAUAUCGAUACCGGGUCUGUUGUCAUUAAUUAAAAGCAAAUAUAAUACUUUUUACUUAUAUAUAUAUAUAUACAUAUAUAUUUAGUUAACAAAAUACUUAUUUGAUAUACGUUGAAAGUUUAUCUCGUGUUCAAUUGACUUUAUUACCAUUUAUAUCUUCAUACAUAAUCGUAAACAUUAACGAACAUCUCUCAAUAAGUUUAAAUAAAAAUAAAUUUUGUAAGGAAUCAUUUUUACGACAAUCUGAUUAAUUUUCUCAGUGACUAAGAAUUCUGUGAACUGUUUAUUACUGCAAAUUAGAAUAUGUGGAUUUUGUUGAUUUAUAAAUAUUAUCGACGUAUUUAGUUGCCAGUGAAUAAUUAUCUAAAUCAAGAUUGAUCAUUGUUAAUGACUUCAUGACAAUUUGCGUUGUUAAUAACAAUGCCUAGUGGAAAUGAGCAAUUCAUUGGAUCAAGACUUUGAGGAAUUUAGAUUUUCAGACCAAAGCAAAAUUUGUAAAGACGAUGCAGUGGAUGAUUUGCAAAAAUUUGAUAAACACAUAGACAAUAAAAACACGAUAUUUUCCUUACGAUUUCCAUUAUUUAACUGUGAAGUCUGUAAAAAACAGUUUGUAACAAAAAAGCAAUUACGUACUCACAUUCAUACACAUUUAGGAAGACCACGUAUAGUUUUAAGAAGGGUUACUUUGAAAAGUGUCAAGAAGAAGAAUAGCAAUACAUAUUGGCUAGACCCAGAAAAGAAGGGUUCUUUGAAAUUAACAUUAAAAAAACAGAAUUUCAACGAUCCACUGAAACUUAAACUCAAAAAGUCAUCAAAAUCGGAAGAUUUUACUGUUGUGAAAAGCAACAUUAAUCUGGGAAUUGAAAAUCACAAUCACAGAGAGGUGGCUGGAGCAACAGAGAAUGAUCAAAGACAUGAAAAAGGUACAGAAAGUUCGAUUAAUCAGCCGUUUGAAAACGUGAUGGUAGAACAACAGGAUGAGUAUGGAAGCAUUAAGUUCAAUGCCGACGAACAUAAUCCAUUGGAGGAAAAUGAUAGACCAUCCAUAGAUGUCAAUGAAAGUGACUCAGGUGUAGGAAGUGAUAUGGCAAAUCCAUCUGAAAAGGAAGAUCAAAAUGUUGAUGACCUACAAAAUACAGAUCAAUAUGAUAAUUCGGAUAAAAGACUCUCCGAAACAGAAGAUCAUGAAGAAUCAGAUGCAUUGGAAGCAACAUGUAGAGAAACAAUUGAAAACCUCAAGAAACUUGGUGAACAAUCCGGAUGUAGAUCUAUGAGUCGAUUAAUUGAUAAUGCAGGCAUUGAAGAGGAUGAUGAAAGAGAUCAUGAAUCAAACAUGAUACAUGAUUUAGCAGAGAAUCCAACUAUUAAUAUUAUUUCAAAGUCUUCUACAUUUUCAAACCAUACAGCGGAUUGUACAACAGUGUGUUCUGAAGAUGAAGAUAAACCUGAAGAAUCAACAGAAAGCACAACUGGUUUUAAUUGGAAUCAACUGUCAACUAAUUUAUCGAAUAAGAAUAAUGAGAAUUCUAAAGAAAAUGAAGAAAAUGCGGGUGAUAAUAAUAUUGAGAAUGCUGGGUCCCUUUUACAAAAUUUGAUUGAGCACCAAAGACAUAAUCAAAAUGAAACCUUAUCGAAUAAUUUACCUUCGGAAACCGAAUACGUUUCGCUUGAAAAGUUAGCUGAGACCGUUAGUACUUGUCGCGUUUGCAACGAAAAAUUUAAAGAUAUUGCUCAUUUAGAUGAGCAUCGGAACAAAGCUGGACAUUAUCAAUGCAAUAUUCCGGAAUGUAUAAAUCUUAUUUUUCAUUCACUAUUGGAAGUCUCCAUGCAUAAAGCUCAAAUGCACGGAACGCCCCUUUCUCCGAGCGUGAGCCAACUGUCUCCUCAUUUAAAUACGAGUUCACCUCAUUUGAAUCAAAAUUCACCCCAUUUGAGCCAAGCAUCUCCGCAAUUAAAUACACAUUCACCUCAUGCAGUAUCAAUGGAAUCUGCAAAUACAACAAACUCGCAACAAAUAAAUAGGAAUUCUCCUUUAACUUCACCUCAUCAAACAAAUUCACCUACAUAUAAUGCAGUAGCUAGUGCUGGGCAGCAAAUAAUAUCACCUGUGAAUUUUGAACAACUACCCGCACCUGUUCAACAACUAGCUCAACAAGUACAACGUAUGCCACUUCCGCAAACGCAAAUGCCUCCAAGUCUUCCACCAGGUGCUAAUACAAUGAUCCCUGGUCCAAAUUACUUUGUACAACCAUCAGGAAGACCACCGUUGUAUAGAGUCCCUGGUCCACAGGGCAUGCAUUAUCCUCCUCAUAUAACACACCUAUAUCCGCAGUAUGGGCCAGGUCCAUAUCCGCAAAUGACUGCACCGCCGCAAAUGCAUCCACAAUUGCCUCAGCAAAUUUCACGUGGAAGGUAUCCUACUCUUGCACAAAAUAGUCGGGCACCGCGGAUUCCACAAACGGGAUCAACACCGCGGCAACGUAUGAAACGUCCUAUGCAACAAUCAAUGCAAGUGCAGCAGAAUAACUCUGCAAUGAAACAACGACGGAUGGAUGUUUUAUUACCAGAUAGAAAUGAAGAUGCAGAUUGUCAUGUUAUUGCACAGCAAAAAAGAAAUGACGGUCUGCCUGUUAUACAAAAUGUUCAAGGUGCUACAACUCAACAAUCAAAUAGAAAUGACUCUACUAUACAUCUUACGGAUUCCAUAACUCUUAGUGUUAGACAACCAGGUUCCGCUCCAGCUCAAGUGCAGAACACAUCAGGUGCUGGGGGCAAGAAGUCUGAUGCAAAGGCUGUGGCUAAUGUUCUGGCAGCCAGAGGUAUUACUGUUACUCCAGCAGCAAAUAAAAAUAAAUCAAGUGAACAAAACAAACAGCAGAUACUUCCCCAGCAACAGAGGACUACAUCUUCACAGCAGCCUUUAAAUGUUACAGCGCUCACUCUGAAUUCUGCUAUUUCUAUCAUACCAGCUAGUUCACAAAAAAAACAGCAAGAUCAGGGUCAGUUUGCUGUUCCCCACAAUAAACAAAACAAACCAGCUGUGAACGAAGUGGAAAGACCUCCGAGACCUCCCACCGUAGAUUUAACGCAAGAUACCCCACCACAAAUGCCAGUAGUUAGACGUGGAAGACCUCCACGAGCAUUAUUAACUUGUCAAGUGUGUGAUAAAAAUUUCCAGAAUCAGGAAAUGUUAACUCAACACAUGGCUACCCAUCGUGCACCAAGUAAAUUACUUCACAAGUGUAAUCUUUGUCCUGCCCAAUACCCAACAGCUCAAGCGCUAACAACGCACAAACAAGCGUAUCAUAAAGAAGUAGACACAGUAGCACAAAAUGGUGGUGCAGAAUUAGCAUUGCCGGUUGUAGAUUUGAAAUCUCCCCAUGUGUUGAAUCGUUUAUCAAAUCUUGGUAUACAGAGCUACAUCCCGUUGUCACAACUAAGUGUUCAAACGGGCGGGUAUUUUGGAUUACCUAUAAUUACAAUAGACGGUGCACGAAAUCCUAAUACUUGUAAUUUAGGUGCGCUUGGUGCUACAUCUAUUCUAAGUCUGGGUCCCCUUAAACAUUUGUCAAACAGGUAACUGUGGACAAUUUUACAUUUGAUCUAUGUUUUUUAUGCAAUGUUUUUUUGCCUUUCAAUAAUUUUCAACAAUAAGAGUUGCUUAUUAUGAGUAUUACUGCAUUGCUUAUUUACUGCAAAAGACUUGCUUCUAUUCUUUCCAAUUUCUAGAUAAAUUAGAUGGCACAAAUUCGAUUUAUUUAAGAAUUUCAUAUAAUAAUGAAUUCGACACCUUUUAGUUUAUCUGUGUUCUUCGUUAUUUCGGGCAGUUUUACAUUUUUUAUUUUGUUUAUAUCAUUAAUUUUAAUUUAUGUAAUUCUAAAGCAAUACAGUAUUUGUAACGAAAGCUGAAGAGGUGUUUAUGUUAAUUUAGAGUAAUGUAAAAGAAGAUUUGAGAUACACAAUCAUUAUGUGAAGAUAGUAUAUAUGUACAUCAUAUAGUAUAUUAUGAGAAAGUUGCGAGAUUCAAGUUGCGCGUAAAUCACCGCCAUCAUUAGUAUAUUUUUUUUUUAAAUGAUUGGAAACUCAUUAAAUGUAUUCUUCAGAAAUAAUUUUUCGAAGAUACAAUCUACAUGGAUAAACAAUAGUUCCAAAUGUAGUGCCACUCAUUAAUGUAUCAGAAGUCAUUGAUAAAGUUAUACAAACAUAUUAAAUUAUUAGACCCCUGCUGCUUGAAAUUAGGAAAGAGCAACUCGUUAAGAUUAAUGAAAAAUCACAUUGGUUUUACUCGACAAAAAUAUCAUUCAUUUGAAUGAAUACUAGAAACUAUCGUUGUGUGAUCUUGUAUCACUUGCGAUAUGUGAUACACUAUUUUGAAUCUGAUAUUGGGAACAUUAACAUAUACAUUAUGAAAAUUACGAAGGUACCUAAUUAUUAGAUUCGUUCAUCUAAGGAAUUAUCCUGGAUAUUUUAACCGAUUUUUCAGGCAGUAAGUAGUUGUAUUAUACAGUGUUGUUAAAUCACGUCCGUGUUUUGAAUGAAAGAGUUAUAAAUUAUAAAACCUACAGAGUUAAUACAAUGAAACUAUAAGAGUUAAUUAUUUUUUUGUCAAACGAUUUCGUUCAAACGAUAUUCGUACACACUAUUGAGAUGUAAUACCGAUUGUAAAUAUAUUUUUUAAAAAGGAUUAUAGUUAAAGCAUACGCUUGUUUGUACUUGAAACUUGAAACUCUAUAAAAAUACCAUAUAGUAAUUGCGUAAGUGAUACUUAAACAGCGAACAUUUAUUCUUAUGAAAUCACGAGCGAUCUUUAUUUAUUGUCAUUCCUAUUCAAACAUUAUUGUAUGUAAAUAAUUAUCAUUUUUUGUGUACUGUGUAUAUUUUUAAAUAAGUAAUCCGUUCCGUUUAAAUUAUAAAAAACAAAAACGAUUAUUAAAACGCGCAAGAACUGAUUUAAAAUAAUAAUAUUGUAUAUAUUUGUAUGAUAAUAAAAAAAAUGAAGCAUAUAUAUAUAUAUA